CGUCGCCACGGUGGCGGCCACUGCGUCUCGUCCCAACUCCGCGGCACUGGGCGCCGUGGUUUCGGCGGGUCCAGAGCCUAUGACCGGUCAGGGCCAGUCAGCGUCCGGGUCAUCAACGUGGAACACUAUAUUCCGCCAUGUCCGAUACGAGAACCUGGUAGCGGGUGUGAGCGGUGGGGUGCUGUCCAACCUCGCGCUGCACCCGCUAGACCUCGUGAAAAUACGCUUCGCUGUGAAUGAUGGACUGGAACUGAGACCAAAGUAUAAAGGAAUUUUGCAUUGUUUGACUACUAUUUGGAAACUUGAUGGACUACGUGGACUUUACCAAGGAGUAACCCCAAAUGUGUGGGGUGCAGGUUUAUCCUGGGGACUCUACUUUUUCUUUUACAAUGCCAUCAAAUCAUAUAAGACAGAAGGAAGAGCUGAGCAACUCGAGGCAACAGAAUACCUUGUCUCAGCUGCUGAAGCUGGAGCCAUGACCCUCUGCAUUACAAACCCAUUAUGGGUAGCAAAAACACGCCUUAUGUUACAGUAUGAAGGUGAGGUUAACCUUCCACAGCGACAGUAUAAAGGAUUGUUUGAUACUCUUACGAAAAUACAUAAGUAUGAAGGUGUGCGUGGACUAUAUAAGGGAUUUGUUCCUGGGCUGUUUGGAACAUCACAUGGUGCCCUCCAGUUUAUGGCAUACGAAUUGCUGAAGUUGAAGUACAACCAGCAUAUCAAUAGGUUACCAGAAGCCCAGUUGAGCACAGUGGAGUAUAUAUCUAUUGCAGCACUAUCCAAAAUAUUUGCUGUAGCAGCAACAUACCCGUACCAAGUCGUGAGAGCUCGUCUUCAGGAUCAACACAUUUUUUAUAAGGGUGUAUUGGAUGUUAUCACGAGGACAUGGAGGAAAGAAGGCAUCAGUGGAUUUUACAAAGGAAUUGCCCCUAAUUUGAUUAGAGUGACUCCAGCCUGCUGUAUUACCUUUGUGGUAUAUGAAAACGUCUUACAUUUUUUACUUGACCGGAGAGAAAACAAAGUAAGCUAAAAGAGGAUGAUUCCAGUAUAUCGGCCGAAGGCAGCAGCAUCUCCUCCUUUGUGUUUGAAACUUAAAACUCAGAAGAAUACUGACACUCAGAAAGUGGUCUGUAAUCAUUAGAAGAAGUCAAAGUACUGCUAAGUCUUCACAGUGUUUUCAGUUUUUUGCCUUCCUGUGUGUAGCUUGGCUACCUCUGCCUCAAACAGCUACCAUCAACACAACCUAAAACUGAUAUCAAGUGUAGAAUUUCAUAAAUUUGUCCAUUUUAUUGUCUUGAGUAGAAGCUGAUUUGCAGUACUCGCUGCUGAAUGGAUUAGAUGAAUUUAUGUUUUUCUUAAACUGUUUGCCUGGAUUGUCUUUAAAAUUGACCUCUGUGCAAUAGUAAGAAGAUAACUUCUUACAAGAAUGUCAUUGUAUGUUUCUAGGGUAAAUUAAGCUUUAAGGGUUACUGAAAAAGGUGUUGCCCAAAUCCAGACCAUUUUA